CUUGUACAUCGUGGCUGAACACGCACAGUCAGCUGAAGCGGAAGCGCUCGCGAACCCAUCCACCUCCCUGACCAGCGACCUCUCCACAUCUCCCUCGACGACUCGCGCGCGCGCAUUCAGUAUGGACAAGUUCAAGGCAUUCACAUCGAGCAUUGGCAGCACCGUCACUCCCUUCGCCACUCGCAGCCAGCAGUGGAUCAAGGAGCAGACGGGGAAUGCGGGCGAGAAGACAGAGCUUCCACACGACUAUGUCGAGCUGGAAGUCAGGAUCGAUGCCCUGAAGCAGACACACCAGAAGCUCCUUGCUGCCACCAGCCAGUAUGCGAACGAGGCAUACGACUAUCCGCCGAAUGUCAGGGAGAGCUUCCAGGAUCUGGGCAAGAGCAUCAGCGAGAAGGUGGGCCUCCUCUCGAAAGCAGCCAGCGCAUCCGAAGCACAAGCAGCUCUGACUGCACCACCAUCCGCCAAGCCACAGCCCAAAACAUUCAGCCAUGCCAUUGCUCGCGCUGCCCUCGCCGGUUCGCAGACUAUCUCAACUGCCACUCCUCAAGGUUCUACCGAACCAGACCCACUUGCGCAAGGCCUCGAGAAGCUUGCGCUGGCCGAGGAGAAGGUGGGCGAGGCUCGUCUCGACCAAGAUGAGAAGAUCCAGGGCAAGUUCCUUGCUGGCUGGAGCACCACUCUACAACAGUCCAUCAAGGCUGCCGAUAAGGCUCGCACCGCUGUGCAGAAUGCGCGCUUGAAUCUGGACGCAGUCAAGAGCAAGGCAAGCGCUGGCGGCAGGCAUGAGGAGAGCUUCACCGAGCAGCAGCGACGUGCUAUCGAGAGUGCUGAGGACCAAUUCGUGGAGAAGGUUGACGAGGCUACCUCGAUCAUGCGAAAUGUCCUCGACACCCCCGAGCCACUUCGAAAUCUGCUUGAGCUCGCCAAGGCCCAGGCUGAAUACCACCAACGCGCCGCUGACAUUAUGGACGCUACUGUCAACGAACUAUCCGAGCUCCAAAUGGCCCAGGAGACCGAAUACAGGAAGGCACGUGAGGGCGCUUGAAAUGACUAACUUGGCUGACGAAGGAACGAAUGUUGACUGCGAAGUAGCGGCUGAUCAACAACAACGCGACGGACUACGAGACGGCUCCCUAAAUGACGAGGGUGUAAGUAGCACUCUCUCUGAAGGCUGGUGCUACAGGCGUGCUGGAGUCUUGGCAGGAUGAUCAAGAGUUUGGCAUCAGGUCGCUUUGACAUUCUACAGUAUGAGCGGAAUUGCAUAGCCAUAGCUCAUACCCAUUCCCAUCCGACGGGUUCGUAUCAACAUACCACCACCAUCUCAUCUACCGUCAAACAUCAUCCCCCUUCGCCCUAGCAGCAAUAUCCACCUCCUCAUGCGGAUCGACAUUAUGUCCACUCCCCCCAUCCCUAACAACAUUCUUCCCAUUCCUCUCAUUCCACUCCUGUAUCGCUAUCCAAGCCACCCUAAACCCUUCAAUCCCCGCCGGCAUCCCAGAAUAACACGCCGCCUGUAAAAUCACCUCACGAAUCUCCUCUUCCGUCGCACCAUUCGUCAACGCCCCUUUAACAUGCGUCGCUAACUCCGACCCUCGGUUCUGGUUACACAGCAUCGCGAUGUUGAGGAAAGAUCGUGUUUUCUUUUCCAGCCCCGGACGCGUCCAGAUGCUGCCCCAGCAGGAUUCGGAUACGUACUCUUGCAUGGCUCGUGAGAAGGGGUUGUCGCCGUUUUUCAGGGCGGCGUCCACGUAUUCUUUUCCUACGACUGAGUAGCGCAUGCGGAGGCCUUCGUCGUACAGGAUUUUGUGGGCUUGGGCGAUUUCUUGGGGGGUGUGGGUGGGUGGCAUUUUUUUGGAUUUUUGAGGGUUGUUUUGAAAGGGGUGGGUGGGUUGAGGGAGAGAUGGCUUGGGUGGGGAACUUGGAAAGGGGGAU